UGGCCCUGUGGGAUCCCAAGCCAUGGGAAAGGGCUUAUAAAAGUCCCCGUUUGUGUUUCCCUCGCAGCAGGAAGUGCCCUGGCAUAGCAUGAGCUCCCCUGGCGCUGCGGGCCAUGCCCUUCUCCAACAGCUCUGACCUCAGCCCAUCCUUCAUCCUGGCCAGCAUCCCGGGCCUGGAGGCGGCGCAGUCCUGGAUGGCCAUCCCGCUGUGCUCGGCCUACAUCCUGGCGCUGGCGGGGAACUGCGCGGUGCUGCUGGUGGUGCGCGCCGAGCCCAGCCUGCACGCGCCCAUGUACUUCUUCCUCUGCAUGCUGGCCGCCAUCGACCUGGCCCUGGCCACGGCCACCGUGCCGCGCGUCCUCUCCUUCUACUGGUUCGGCAGCAGGGAGAUCAGCUUCGCCGCCUGCCUGCUCCAGAUGUUCCUCAUCCACACGCUCUCGGCCGUCGAGUCCACCGUGCUGCUGGCCAUGGCUGUGGAUCGCUACGUGGCCAUCUGCCACCCGCUCCGCCACGCCGCCGUCCUCACCAACGGCGCCACGGCCAAGAUCGGGCUGCUGGCCCUGGCCAGAGGGGUGCUCUUCUUCCUGCCGCUGCCUCUGCUCCUGCUGCCCCUCCCCUUCUGCGGCCCCCGCGUGCUGUCCCACUCCUUCUGCCUGCACCAGGACGUGAUGAACCUGGCCUGCGCCAACACCACCCCCAGCGUGGUGUACGGGCUCACCGCCAUCCUGCUGGUCAUGGGGCUGGACGCCGUCCUCAUCUGCCUCUCCUACGUCCUCAUCCUCAAGGCCGUCCUGCGCCUCGCGUCCUGGAGGGAGCGGCUCAAGGUGUUCAGCACCUGCAUCGCCCACGUCUGCGCGGUGCUGGCCUUCUACGUGCCCCUGAUCGGGCUCUCUGUGGUGCACAGGUUUGGGAAGGACCUGGCCCCACUGGUCCACAUCAUCAUGGGCAACAUCUACAUCCUGGUGCCCGCUGUGCUCAACCCCAUCAUCUACGGGGUGAGGACCAAGCAGAUCCAGAGGAGGAUCCUGAGUUUGAUUCACGUCACCGGCAGAGCUCCACGGUGACCUGAGCUCAGCCCCGUGACCUCCCUCUGGCUCAUCCUGUCUUGCACCAGAGGCUUUGGUGCCGGACUGUCCUCUCCGUGCGCUCUGAGGUGCUGCCACCAGGCUAAAGCUGAUUGUAAACUCCUUCCAAGACUGUUUGCCUUCACCAAACCAAGAGAAAUGACUGCAAUGAUCGAAAUCCAAGCCCGACCUGGCAGGUUCCACAAGAAGGGAAAAGUGACUCUGCAAACUUAUCCAGAUGCCCCAACAUUGCAGCUCUCAGUUCCUGUCUCACCUCUAGCAGUGGCAGAGCAGAGCAGAUGCUGGAUGGCUUGGGAUGAUUUAGUUAAUUCAUUGUUUUCACAUGGGUUUUCACAUGGGGAACAGUCACAUUCCAAGUUUUGACAGAAAAUUUGUGCACAGCAUCAUUCUCUAAGCAAAAUAAUUACAGGACACC